UUUCUUUUUAACCUCCCCCACCUUCCCACUCAGCCCACCACUCCCCCACUUCUCCUCUUUCCCCUCCUCGCUCCAUCAUGUCAGAAUCCCCCGCUUCUUACAUCCGAAUGGUGCAGCAUCUGAUAGAGAAGUGUUUGCUCCACCGUAUGAACAAGGAAGAGUGCAUCGAUGCUCUGAACAAGCAUGCCAAUAUCAAACCUGUCAUCACUUCAACAGUAUGGGGGGAGCUGGAGAAAGAGAACGGCGAAUUCUUUGAAGCCUAUGAGCGGGAGAGGCAGAAUCAGACGACGGAGGCGAAAGCUGCAGAAAAGGUGAUUGAAGAGCCUGCCCGUAACGAAGAUUGAAAAAAAUUAUGUUAGGAUAUGUUAAUGUAAAAUGUAUCAGAAUGAGCUUUAAACUUUAGCUCUGAUAUAUUUUGUUUUUGAGGAGU